AAACCCAUCUAUAACCGUCAAAAUGGUCAAGGCUGUUGCUGUCCUCCGUGGUGACUCUAACGUCAAGGGCACCGUCACCUUCGAGCAGGCCUCCGAGGCUGAGCCCACCACCGUUACCUGGGACAUCUCCGGUAACGAUGCCAACGCCGAGCGUGGCAUGCACGUUCACGCCUUCGGUGACAACACCAACGGCUGCACCUCCGCCGGCCCCCACUUCAACCCCCACGGCAAGACCCACGGUGCUCCCGCCGACGAGGAGCGCCACGUUGGUGACCUUGGCAACUUCAAGACCGACGGCCAGGGUAACGCCAAGGGCUCCGUUGCCGACAAGCUGAUCAAGCUCGUUGGCCCCGAGAGCGUCAUUGGCCGCACUGUCGUUGUCCACUCCGGCACCGACGACCUCGGCAAGGGUGGUAACGAGGAGUCCAAGAAGACCGGCAACGCUGGCACCCGCCCUGCCUGCGGUGUCAUUGGUAUCUCCGGUUAAGCGCGGACAUGCAGCGCAUAAACAAUAAAUUUAGGGACUAAUGCUGGCCCUUGACGAUGUAAACGGCUUUGCGUAUCGUAGAACAUAGUUCUAGCACUUCCUAAUCUAAGCAACUGUGAUCUACGCGAA